CGCGCACACACACACUUGUGUGUGUUCGAGAGUGUGGGUAACCGCACAGGUGCUUGUUUUGUGUGUAUUGGGGAGUGAAAAUCAGAGAGGGUUUUCGCAGUCUAGGGCUCGCCCCCGGAUUUCUUUUUUCCUCACACUGCGGGGAGUAUCUAAUCAAAUCUCUUCUAGGGUUUUGCUUUAUCCCUGAAGUCUUUUUCGCAAUUUCAACACAAUGGCUGGCAAAACUGUGAUCUCCGAUGACGAAGAUGAAAUUGGAGCGGAGGAAGAAGAGAGAGAUGAGGAGCCCUAUGGAGACCAAGUGGAUGACCGCGACGACGAUGAGGAUGAAGAAGAAGAUGAAGAAGGACAAGAUGAGUAUGAGAAAGAUGGAUUUAUAGUGGACGAUAUUGAGGAAGAAGAGGAAGAGGAGGAAGAAGACCGAGUUGAUAGUGAUGAGGAGAGGCAGAAAAAAAAGAAAAGGAAGAAAAGGGAGUCGGAGAGGAACUAUGUGCUUGAUGAGGAUGAUUAUGAACUACUCCAGGAAAGCAACAUCUCUGUUCCUCGUCCAAAACUUGAAAGUAAGAAGUUUAAGCGACUGAAAAAGGCUCGGAGGGACACGGAAGAAGAGCCCUCUGGGCUUUCUGAUGAAGAGGAGUUUGAUGGAAGUGGAAAAGGCGGGCGUACAGCUGAGGAGAAGCUUAAACGCAGCUUGUUCGGCGAUGAUGAUGGACAACCACUUGAGGAUAUUGCUGAGGAGGAUGAACAGCUGGAAGAAGAGGAUGCAGACAUAGGUGAGGAGGAUGAAAUGGCUGAUUUUAUUGUUGAAGAAGAAGAAGUUGAUGAACACGGAGCUCCCGUGAGGAGGAAGAAGCCCAAGAAGAUCAGGCAACGCCCAGGAAUUUCUUCGUCUGCACUUCAGGAAGCACAUGAAAUAUUUGGUGAUGUAGAAGACCUCUUGAGAAUACGAAAGUUGGAAGUAAGGGACAGGUUUACUGAAGUUGGUGAAAGGAGCCUUGAGGAUCAGUUUGAUCCUAGUAUACUUUCUGAGAAGUAUAUGACUGGAAAGGAUGACCAGAUUCGAGAAAUAGACGUCCCUGAAAGAAUGCAGAUAUCUGAGGAAAGCACUGGUCAUCCCCCAACAGAUGAGAUUAGCAUCAAAAUGGAGACGGAGUGGAUAUACAAUCAACUUGUUAGUGGCAUCAUGCCAUUGUUCAACAAGAGUGGUGCUACAAAUGAAGAAGUAGAUGAUGAACUCAAGCGGCAUAUUGCAAGAUUUCUGGAGUUAAUGCACGUACAGAAAUUGGAUGUUCCUUUCAUUGCCAUGUACCGGAAAGAGGAGAUUUUGAGCCUAUUAAAGGAUCCAAAUGAGCCUGAAGCUGACAUCGAAAAUGAUCCUAACCAGAAACCUACGCUCAAGUGGCACAAGGUGCUUUGGACAAUCCAGGACUUGGAUCAAAAGUGGCUUCUUCUUCAGAAAAGAAAGAGUGCACUCCAGUCGUACUACAAUAAGCGGUUCGAAGAAGAGGCUCGAAGAGUAUAUGAUGAGACACGCCUCAAUUUAAAUCGUCAGCUUUUUGAAUCAAUCACUAAGUCGCUGAAGGCUGCUGAUUCAGAAAGAGAGGUUGAUGAUGUAGAUUCGAAAUUUAACUUGCACUUCCCCCCAGGCGAAGUUGUCCUAGAUGAAGGGCAGUUUAAGAGGCCGAAGAGGAAAUCACAUUACAGCAUUUGCAGUAAAGCUGGACUGUGGGAGGUUGCGAGCAAAUUUGGUUAUAGCUCAGAACAAUUUGGUUUGCAGAUUUCUCUCGAGAAAAUGCGGAUGGAUGAAUUGGAGGAUGCAAAGGAAACACCAGAGGAAAUGGCUUCUAAUUUCACCUGUGCGAUGUUUGAGACACCUCAAGCUGUAUUGAAAGGCGCAAGGCACAUGGCAGCUGUUGAGAUUAGCUGUGAACCAUGUGUCCGGAAACAUGUCCGCAGUAUCUUCGUGGAUAAUGCUGUAGUGUCAACUAGUCCAACGCCUGAGGGAAAAACAGCUAUUGAUUCUUUUCACCAGUUUGCUGGAGUGAAGUGGCUACGGGACAAGCCACUUACCAGAUUUGAGGACGCACAGUGGCUUCUGAUUCAGAAGGCUGAAGAGGAGAAGCUCUUGCAAGUUACCAUCAAGCUGCCUGAAGUAGUCCUUGAUAAGUUAAUCAGUGACUCAAACGACUAUUAUCUGAGUGAUGGUGUUAGUAAAUCUGCUCAAUUAUGGAACGAACAGAGGAAGUUAAUACUUCAUGAUGCAUUUUAUAAUUUUCUUCUACCUUCAAUGGAAAAGGAAGCGAGAUCACUGUUGACUAGUAGAGCAAAAACCUGGUUGCUCUGGGAAUAUGGAAAGCUGUUUUGGGAUAAAGUUUCUGUUUCACCAUAUCAGCGGAAGGAAAAUGAUAUUGGCUCAGAUGAAGAUACUGCUCCCAGGGUUAUGGCAUGCUGUUGGGGUCCUGGAAAGCCAGCUACUACUUUUGUGAUGCUGGAUUCAGCCGGAGAAGUUUUAGAUGUACUUCAUGCCGGUUCCCUCAAUCUCCGUGGUCAAAGUGUUAAUGAACAGCAGCGGAAGAAAAAUGAUCAGCAGCGAGUGCAAAAAUUUAUGAUGGACCACCAACCACAUGUUGUUGUUCUAGGUGCAGCUAAUUUGUCUUGUACACGACUGAAGGAGGAUAUUUAUGAGAUCAUCUUCAAGAUGGUGGAAGAUAAUCCCAGAGAUGUUGGUCACGAGAUGGAUAAUCUGAAUAUUGUCUAUGGUGAUGAAUCUCUUCCACAUCUAUACGAGAAUUCUCGAAUAUCAGUUGAUCAGCUUCCUUCACAAGAAGGUAUUAUUAGGCGUGCUGUGGCUCUUGGACGGUAUCUUCAGAAUCCACUAGCUAUGGUUGCCACAUUAUGUGGACCAGCUAGGGAGAUAUUAUCUUGGAAACUUAAUCCUUUGGAGAACUUUCUUACUCCUGAUGAGAAGUAUGGGAUGAUUGAGCAAGUUAUGGUGGAUGUUACGAACCAAGUUGGUCUUGAUUUAAAUUUGGCUACCAGCCAUGAAUGGUUGUUUGCUCCUCUGCAAUUUAUAUCUGGGCUUGGACCCAGAAAAGCAGCUUCUCUGCAAAGGUCGCUAGUAAGAGCAGGAGCCAUUUUCACCAGGAAAGACCUGUUGACAUCCCAUGGUCUUGGUAAAAAGGUUUUUAUUAAUGCUGUUGGGUUCCUGCGUGUCCGACGCAGCGGGUUGACUUCCAGCAGUAGUCAAUUUAUUGAUCUGUUAGAUGACACUAGAAUACAUCCAGAAUCUUACAGCCUUGCACAAGAUUUGGCCAAGGAUAUUUACCGGGAGGAUGGCAAUGAUGAUGCAAAUGAUGAUGAUGAUGUGCUGGAAAUGGCUAUUGAACAUGUGAGAGAGAAGCCUCAUCUAUUGAGGGCCGUGGAUGUUCAUGAAUAUGCUGAACAGAAAAACCGCCUGAACAAAAAGGAAACCCUUAAUGACAUAAGAUUGGAGUUAAUGGAAGGCUUUCAGGAUCGGCGCAGACCAUAUGUUGAACCAAGUCAGGAUGAGGAGUUUUACAUGAUCUCAGGAGAGACUGAAGAAGCUCUCUCUGAAGGAAGAAUUGUGCAAGCAACAGUUCGCAGGGUGCAAGCUCAGAGAGCGAUUUGCGUCCUUGAAUCUGGAUUGACUGGCAUGCUUAGCAAGGAAGAUUACACAGAUGACUGGAGGGAUAUCAAUGAAUUAACUGAUAAGCUGCGUGAAGGGGAUAUCUUAACUUGCAGAAUCAAAUCAAUCCAGAAGAAUCGCUAUCAAGUGUUUUUAACAUGUCGAGAAAGUGAAAUGAGGAAUAACCGUUUCCAGAACCAUCGAAAUAUGGAUCCAUACUAUCAUGAAGAACGCAGCACUGUGCAUACUGAGCAGGAAAAAGCUCGUAAAGAGAAGGAGCUAGCCAAGAAGCAUUUUAAGCCAAGGAUGAUUGUUCACCCUCGCUUCCAGAAUAUAACAGCUGAUGAAGCAAUAGAGUUUUUGUCGGACAAGGAUCCUGGCGAAAGUGUUAUACGUCCUAGUUCUCGUGGACCUUCAUUUCUGACUUUAACUCUGAAAGUAUAUGAUGGGGUAUUUGCUCACAAGGACAUAGUUGAAGGUGGAAAAGAACACAAGGAUAUCACAAGCUUGCUUCGAAUAGGCAAGACACUUAAAAUUGGAGAGGAUACAUUUGAAGAUCUUGAUGAGGUUAUGGAUCGGUAUGUGGAUCCAUUGGUAGCUCAUUUGAAGGGAAUGCUAAAUUACCGCAAGUUUAGGAGGGGUACUAAAACUGAAGUUGAUGAGCUCCUCAGAAUUGAAAAAGCUGAGAAUCCAAUGAGAAUAGUGUAUUGCUUUGGAAUAUCUCAUGAACAUCCUGGCACAUUCAUUCUGACUUAUAUACGAAGUUCUAAUCCACAUCAUGAGUACAUAGGAUUGUAUCCAAAGGGAUUUAAGUUCCGGAAACGAAUGUUUGAGGAUAUAGAUCGUCUUGUGGCAUAUUUCCAGAGACAUAUUGAUGAUCCACAUGAUUCUGCACCUUCAAUUCGAUCAGUUGCUGCUAUGGUGCCAAUGAGGAGCCCUGCGACUGGUGGCUCAUCUGGGUUUGGUGGUGGAUGGGGUGGUUCAUCUGAUGGUGGCUGGAGAGGAAGCCAGUCAGUGGACAGAGAUAGGGGUUCUGGGAGAUCAGGGAGAGGCGAUUACAGAAAUGGUGAUGGGCAUGGAGCACCUAGACCGUAUGGUGGGCGUGGCCGAGGGCGUGGCCGAGGCUCGUAUGGUGGUGGCAGGGGUGACAGGCAGGACUCAGACCGCAGUUCACAGAAAUGGGGCUCUAAGGAUGGUGACAAUGGGGGAUGGGGGAACUUCCCCGGAGCCAAAGUCCAGAAUUCACCAGGUAGGGAUGCUUUGCCUGGUAGCUGGGGAAGUGGCGGUGGUGGUGGCAGCAGUGGUGGUGGGGGUGAUGUUGCAGAUGGUGGUGGUAGUGGUUGGAGCAGCUGGGGACAGGGAGAUGCUGCUGCGGGUACUGGAAGUGGCAGUGCAGAGGCUGCUGCAGGUAAUUCAGGAUGGGGUGGUGGUAGCAAUAGCAAGAAGAGUUCACAGGGGGAUGAUGGCGAAUGGGGCGGAGGUGGUGGAGGUUGGUGAUAAAUAUUUACCGUAGUCGGAACACGAAACUAACUCACGGCUGCCGGUGACUGGGCUUGUAAUUUUUGUUAUCUUUAGUGAUUUUAAGAUCACACAUGUGGCGUUGCCUUUGUAAUGUCUCAGCUCCUCGUUUAUGCUGUGUACUUUAUUUGAUGCUAUGGAUGGAUAAAAGGUAUUCUAGAUAGGGUCCAGUCUAUUUUUCA